GCGGCUUUCACGCUCUCAGCUGAGCUCCACAGGUCCGCGAGACUCCGGGAAUAGUUUGGAGAGUUUGAGCUUCAGAGGAGGACAAAGUUUUUAUUCUGCAGGAGAGCAGCCCGGCAGCAGCUCGGCGUCCAAGCUGCGGUCUGUGCGGGUGUUUUCUGUUUCCUCUGCGGGCUGAGAGGCUGUACAAUCCUCGGCAGUGUUCUGAGACUGUACGGCCCCAGAAACCAGCACCAGCACCACCAACACCACCAACACCACCUCUCUGCAGCCCGGUGUCAUGGACUAAAGCUGUCACCUGCUUUCACUUCUAAAGUUGGACUUAACUCUUAAAGACUACCGGGAGGGAAUUUACAACGUUUUAUCAUCGUUCAUAAAAAAAAAACCCAAACAUGACGGCAGACAAGGAGAAAAAGAGGAGCAGCUCAGAGCGACGUAAGGAGAAGUCUCGGGAUGCGGCUCGCUGCAGGCGCAGUAAAGAGACGGAGGUUUUCUAUGACCUCGCUCACCAGCUGCCUUUGCCCCACAGCGUCAGCUCUCACCUGGACAAGGCCUCCAUCAUGAGGUUGGCCAUCAGCUUCCUGCGCACACGCAAGCUGAUCGCCACAGGCUGCAGCAGCUGCAGCAGCCGCGGCGGCGACGGCGAUGAGGACAGACAGAUGGACAGUCUGUACCUGAAGUCUCUGGAGGGCUUUGUCACCGUGGUAACGUCCGACGGCGACAUGAUAUUCCUGUCCGAGAACAUCAACAAAUUCAUGGGGCUCACGCAGGUUGACCUCACCGGUCACAGCAUCUUUGACUUCACCCAUCCAUGUGACCACGAGGAGAUCAGAGAAAACCUCAGUCUGAAGACCGCCGGCUCCGGCUUCGGUAAAAAAGGCAAAGAGCUGAAUACUGAGCGAGAUUUCUUCAUGAGGAUGAAAUGCACGGUGACCAACAGAGGACGCACCGUCAACCUCAAGUCAGCCAGCUGGAAGGUGCUGCACUGCACCGGACAGCUGAAGAUGUACGACAGCUGCCCUCCGCGAGGGCUGUGCGGCUUCAAAGAGCCCCCGCUCACCUGCGCUGUCCUGAUGUGCGAACCCAUCCCACACCCGUCCAACAUCGACACGCCGAUGGACAGCAAGACCUUCCUGAGCAGACACAGCAUGGACAUGAAGUUCACCUACUGUGACGAGAGGGUAACGGAGUUGAUGGGUUACACUCCUGAGGAUCUGCUGGGUCGCUCCAUCUACGACUUUUACCACGCCUUGGACUCGGACAGUGUCACCAAGAGCCACCACAACUUGUGUACCAAGGGUCAGGCGGUGAGCGGUCAGUAUCGUAUGCUGGCUAAGAACGGAGGCUUUGUCUGGGUAGAAACCCAAGGAACUGUUAUUUAUAACAGCCGCAACUCCCAGCCGCAGUGCAUCGUGUGCAUAAACUACGUCCUCAGCGACAUCGAGGAGAAGUCGAUGAUUUUCUCCCUGGAGCAGACGGAGUCCCUGUUCAAGCCACGCCACAUGAGCAGCUUCUUCACGGCUGGAGGUGCGGGAGUGGCCGGAGAGCCGGGAGAUGCCCUCUUCACCAAACUCAAAGAGGAGCCCGAGGAUCUCGCCCAGCUGGCGCCAACACCUGGAGACACCAUCAUCUCCCUGGACUUCGGUCGCCCUCCAUUCGAGGAGCCACAGCAGCCAGCAGGAUACACCCAGCAGGUGUCUGCCGCAGCUAUGCCCCCUCCGGGACCUCCGUCCUGGGCCAACGAGAGCCACAAGACCGCCUCUCCAGCGUCAGGCAAAAACCCGGCUCCGGUUCCGAGGGACUUGGCUAAAAUGGACAGUACUUUCACCGUGCAGCAGAACCCGCCGACGGGGAGCCCCACUUCGAGCCUCAGCAGCUGCUCCACGCCAAGCAGCCCAGGUGAUUACUACAGCUCCGUGGAGAGUGACCUGAAGGUGGAGCUGACCGAGAAGCUGUUUGCUCUGGACACAGAGGGCAACAGUCCUGCAAACACUGAGAGGGACUUGAGUGACUUAGACCUGGAGACUUUGGCUCCUUACAUCCCGAUGGAUGGCGAGGACUUCCAGCUAAAUCCCAUCAUCCCAGAGUCAGAGCCCCUGGAGGGUGGUCCGGCAGGAUCCAUGGGGAGCAACAGCAGCCUCGCCCAAAAACACGAGAGCUUCAGCGACAUCGCCAGCCUCUUCCAGCCCCUGUCCUCCCCUCCUCAUGGUCACUACCAGCACCAGCCGGCCAGAUCCUGGGCGGCAAGGGAGAAGAGAAGCAGCGGCCAGGAGACCGUGGACCCCCGUGCAGGCUCGUGCAUGAUGGGGCACAUGCAGAAUCCCCCGUACCAGGCUCCGGCCAGCACCCCUCUGUCCUCCAUGGGUGGCAGGCAGAAUCUUCAGUGGCCACCGGACCCUCUGUUAACCUACCAACAACAACCACGAGCCGCAAAGGCCUACCUGAUGGACGCCUUGUCAGGAGAGGAGCGUCUGUCCUGCCAACAGAACAUGUCGCAUCUCGUGCAGAAACAGAGAUCCAUCGACAACUUUGUACAAGCCUACAGAGACAUGAGUCAAGCCAGAGUGGCCAUGUCCAGCAGAAUCAAGCGCUCCUUCACCCAGAUGUCUGUGGAUGAAAAUAAGCCGUCAGAUAUCAUCUGGAAGAAGAUGAGGGAGGACAGUUGCGUUGCCAUGGAUCGCUCCCUCAGUGCAGGAUCACUGGCAGAGUUGGGGAUGGGGCGGAUGAUGCCAGGCGGCAUGUCCUCGUGUCUCAGCUCCCUGCAGCAACACAGGAAGUCUCAGUAUCCAGGAAACGGGAUAGGCGGCGCGAAUGAGAAACCCUUUCCCCAAAAGAGCUGCAGCUACUCCCAGUAUAACAUGCUGCCUUCAAACAAGACCGAGGGCAUAGCCAGUCGUCUGCUGGGCCCUUCGUUUGAGUCAUCCUGUCUGCCGGAGUUGACCCGUUACGACUGCGAGGUCAACGUCCCGCUGCAGGGUAACCUGCACCUCCUCCAGGGCUGUGACCUGCUGAGAGCCCUAGACCAGGCCACCUAAAGCCCCAGAUUCAACCCCCCACCCCGCCGCCAUAGACCCAGACUUACUCCCAGCCCGGGACAUAAGCCUCUUUACCUUUGUACCUCUGGGCCUUCUAAGAGCCCCGAGUCUAAGCUACCUAUAGGGAAUGGUAUUCAUAACCACAUCCUGCCUUAUUUAGCUUAUUUGGCUCAGCCCCACACUCUGUCCCCUGUCUCCACAUAGCUCUGUACCUAGACCAUCUAAACAAGCUACGACAUCAGGGUCAAGCCACUUUACACCCUUUUUUCUCCCCCAAGCUCUCGACUCAAAAUCCCAUGCAGGUUGACCACCGGUGUCCAAAAGCUGCCACGCAUUGAGCCACAUACGUAGACGACCCACACAUAUAAGAUAACUCGGGUUGCUUGGUGAAAAAAGGUCAACGCGGGAUGGAACACUUUGUCUGACCUGCGUCAAAAAAAAAAAAAAAAGUCUUGACACUGGGAUUUAUCGCUGGUCAUCAGGUUUGAUGUAAACGUCUCUCACAGGUCAGUGUGUUCAAACACAGGUCGGGGUCUUUGGUGUAAAAAGGGGUGACAUGGGAUUCGAACACACAACCUGCCUUAAAGGCCCAAACAUUCACAGCCAGACACCUUGACCUUCUUGCUAAGGCUCAGCAAGGUGGGAAUCCACAACCAAGCUACAUACAGGCUAUGGGAUUCAAACCUACAACCUGUGUCUUAUCCAGACCUGCUAUCUGUGACAGACCUUCACACUGAUGUGAACUCUAUGCAGCUCAGUUCCCAGUUAGGUCAUCGGAGAGGAAAUUAUACUACCUACACUUUAACACCUCAUGUAUCCGACCAGCAAUUAGACCCAGCCCACUUUUCUAAGCCUUAAGAGUCAAGAGCUGGGUAUCACGAUGUGGUUCUGAAUUGAGGCCAUUCAAACUUUUUUUCUUUACAGAACAUGCUCUGAUCUUGCUCAUCCAUUCCCCCAGAAACAUGUGACCUUUUAAUCAUGUCGUUGUUAUAACGUUGAUGAGUUGGAGCAGUGAUUUUUGUCUUCGCUCCUUCAUCACAUUGUAACCACAUGCAAUCAGCUGUAAGACUGCAGCUUUUUUUGAUACAGAUACAGUCCCCACAAUCAGACAGUGCUAGCUGAGGACGUCAAACACGAGUAAAAACGAUAUUUAACUUCGUCAGAAACGAUACCCAGCUCUGCUCAAGCCUUUUUCCCGGCCACCUGUCGCACAUCAUCAUUCGCUCUGUUCAGACAACGUAGCGCCGCUUGUUCAUUCAGGAGACAGUUUCUCACAACAGAAAGUGAUUUACUAGAUCAGUCUGAGUCAACUCUGAUGACAUUAUAUUGGUAUUUUAGUUCUUUUAAUUAGUUUAUUUUUCUGUUAUUAAUCGUCAGUGGUCCUUUUCGCUUUUAUCAAACCCCCCCCCCAUGUUAUUUAAUCCAAAUCGACGGGACACUUACAUAUCAAUACUGCUUUGUUUCUCCUCUCUCAUUUAUUUUUUAUUUUCUUCCUCCAUCUACCAG